AUGUGGAGGAUUCCACGAAAUGCAGUAUCCCUGCGUUACCAUCACCCUUCACUGGGUUGCUUAAUGCACAAAGUUCCAAAAACUAGAAAUUUGAUUCAAUUUAGACAGAUUGUCCAAUUAUCUAAUAACAAAGCUAAACAAUUCCAACUGCUACAACAACAACAGCAACAACAAUUGAAAUCCAACACCAUUGCUAGACUUUUAUUAAACAUACCUUCAAAGAGGUUCAACUCUACAAACACCAAAGAACAGGAGAGCAGUACUCACACCGAUGGUAGUAAUGACAAAUUUGAAUUGAGUGAUUUGAAAAGGUUGGCAAGACUAGCUAAAAGGGAUUGGAAACUAUUGCUUACUGCAAUCUCGCUAUUAUCUGUAUCAUGUUUGAUUGGUAUGUCUUUGCCAAAAAUUAUCGGUAUUGUCCUUGAUGAAUUAAAACAAAUAAUGUCAAACCCUGACUUCACCGUUGAUGAUGUGCCAGAGAUUGCAUUUGGUUUAAACCUUUAUGAGUUUAUCUCACUGGUAGGGGUUUCUUUGCUAGUUGGUACAGCUGCAAACUAUGGAAGAGUUAUCUUGUUAAGAGUGUUGAGUGAAAGAGUAGUCGCUAGGUUACGUGCAAACGUAAUCAAGAAAACUAUGCAUCAAGAUGCUGAGUUUUUUGAUAAUAACAAAGUUGGUGAUUUGAUUUCACGUCUGUCCUCUGAUGCUUAUGUAGUGUCACGAUCUCUAACCCAGAAGGUUUCAGAUGGGUUCAAGGCAAUGCUUUGUGGUUCCGUAGGUAUAGGUAUGAUGAUAUCGAUAUCGCCACAGUUAUCUGCGUUCCUAUUGUUUUUAACUCCCCCUGUUAUGCUAAGUGCCUCUUAUUUUGGUAGACUUAUUAGGAACAAUUCCAGAGACCUACAAGAAGCCACUGGCUCAUUGACAAAAGUUGCCGAGGAACAGUUCUCUGGUAUUAAGACGGUUCAAUCAUUUGUCGCUGAACAAAAGGAAAUCAAAAGAUAUAAUCAUGCUAUUAGACAUAUAUUCAAUGUCGGGAAACAAUCUGCUUUCAUCAAUGCCAAAUUUUUCAGUUUAACCGCGGUAUUGGGUGAUAUGAGUUUUCUAGUGGUUUUAGCCUAUGGUUCUUAUUUAGUCUUACACGGUUCAUUGUCCAUUGGUGAUUUGACUGCUUAUAUGAUGUAUACAGAAUAUACUGGAAGCUCGAUAUUUGGUUUAUCAACGUUUUAUUCCGAAAUUAUGCAGGGGGCAGGUGCUGCUUCAAGAUUGUUUGAGUUAACCGAUCGUAUCCCUUCUAUUAGCCCAACUUUGGGAAAGAAAUUUGUACCAAAUAAAGGUGAGAUAGAAUUUAAGAAUGUCUCGUUCUCUUACCCAACCAGGGCUUCAAAUCAAAUCUUUAAAAAUUUAUCUUUCAAGAUCGAUGCAGGUUCUAAUGUUUGUAUCGUAGGGCCUUCGGGCAGAGGUAAGUCGACUAUUGCAUCACUCUUACUACGUUAUUACAAUCCGACAACUGGUCAAAUUUUCGUCGAUGGCCAAGAUAUAUCCAAGGUCAGCAGUAAAUCAUUAAGACGUCAUAUGAGUAUAGUUCAGCAAGAGCCAGUCUUAAUGUCAGGAACGAUCAGAGACAAUAUAACUUAUGGUCUGGUGGAGAAGCCUACACAAGAUGAAGUAAGAUCAAUUACUAAAAAAUGUUUUUGCCAUAACUUCAUAACGAAAUUUCCAAAUUCAUAUGAUACUAUAUUGGGUCCGCAUGGUACUCUCUUGAGUGGUGGUCAGAAGCAAAGAAUCGCUAUUGCUAGAGCUUUGAUAAAAAAACCUACUAUUUUAAUUUUAGAUGAGGCAACAUCGGCGCUAGAUGUAGAGAGUGAAGGUGCAAUCAAUUAUACUUUUGGUAAGUUAAUGAAAAGUAAAUCCAUUACUAUCAUAAGCAUUGCUCAUAGAUUGAGCACUAUACGGAGGUCAGAAAAUGUAAUUGUCCUAGGAAAUGAUGGCUCUGUCGCAGAAGUAGGAAAAUUCAAAGAAUUGUAUGCUGAUCCAGGCAGCGAACUUUCAAAACUGCUACAUGAGAAAGCAACGAGAUCUGAAAGGCAACAAAACACCGCCGAAGAUCAAGAAAUUGAUCCCGAAGAAACAAUAAAUAUAGAAAAUUCUACUCCAGAAUCUGAUAUCACCCAAGAAUUGUUAGAAAAUCCUAUAAAGGAAGCAAUAAUGGAUGUUGCAGCAGACAAUAAACCAAUAACUCCUCGCAAAUAA